AUGCUAUUUGUUGUCUCCCUUGUUUGGCUCUUUCUCUCCGCUCUGCCCGUAGCCAGUGAAGCUGUCAGCGGUAAGGGGGACUGCACAUGUGGUUUCUACGAUGAAGGUACAGGGUCACUAUUUACAGACUCUAUCAUUGUCUACUUCAAUGAAACGAAAGACCUUCCAUCCGAGUUCAUCGCCGAACAGUACAAUAACAAGUACGAGAAGGACUGGAACGCCAUAUACCGUCAAGGUGCCGAUCCAGCGAACCUCCAGCCCAGCAACGAGUCAAUCCAAUUUCUUGUGCAGCCACCGACUGAUGACCACAUCGUCCAAGGAGCGGGGCUCCGCACAGCGAGACGCGACAUACAACAUGGCUCUUUCCGCACACUCAUCAAGUCGCCGAAACGCACGUCCGCCGGUUCCGCGAUGUCCAUGAUGUGGCAGUUUAAUGAGACAGAAGUCACAGAGCUCAGUGUCAUGAACAUGAACGAUGCUUCAGAAGCGUGGAUUGGCACCUUUGUUGGUGGAGAAUUCACCACGCGCGACCUUGGAGUGAAUUACACACAGCUUCUGGAAGACCCUGUAGCAGAUCGCAGUUACACGACACUACAAGGGCGUCUCAGCAAUAAUAGUGUCAAUCCCUGGGACUUCACCGAGUAUCGCAUCGACUGGACGUCAGACUACAUCAACUUCUAUGUAGGAGGCAAUCUCACCCGACAAAUCCUACAUAAAGAUAACAAGGGCAUGCCAUCGGUUCCUUCCACCAUAUAUCUCAAGCACUGGUCUACCGGUAAUCGCUACUCAAUGAGAGGCCCUCCUAGACGAGUAUCAGUGGCUGAAGUUGGCUGGACUCGCAUGUUCUUCAACUCAUCGUCGACUACAAAGGAAGUUCGCGAGGAUUUUAUUGCUAAAUGUUCGGUUUCAGACGCAUGCAUGAUGGAUGAUAGCACCCUACGCGGCUCUACAGAUUACAUCAACGAAGCGACAAACAAAUGGCGCCAGGAUCCACCCAGGAGCAUCAAGCGUAUGCCCACGCUCUGGAUCUCGAUAGGUUGUCUUGCAAUCUCCACUAUCCUUCUUAUCCAUACUUUUAUCCGUCGUGUGACGCAGCCCAAACCUUCGGAUCACGGAGUUGCUUCAGCUCCGACUCAGUCUUCGGCCACAGCGCAGGAUACCGAGGAUGUCUCGCCUGAGGUUGUCGAACUCAGUUCCGAAUCCAGUGACAAGAAGUCGCCGACAUCGAGUCGACCAACGUCGUCUAAAUAUGAGUCGGACGACCUCACCAUCGAGCCGAUUGGGCCCAGUACUAGUGCUUCGAUGGUUGGAGGUGCGACACCUUACGGGCCUUCACGAGCCAAUUCUGUACGCUUCGACAGUAGUGCGACGACGCCACGCAUGCUGUCUCCGUACAACAGUACAUACGAUCUUGCACGAGAUGGACUGCCCACUUUGAGCGAGGGCAACCUCUCCUCGACAUCUAGGAACGGAUUUUCGCCCGCCAUGGUCAAGGGUCAUAAAGGUUACAUGAACAACAUGGCUUCUGAAGUGACCAUCGCAGUGCCACACACCUCGCAACAGACGACUGACAAGAUCCAAAUGGAGACUGUUACUGAGUCAGCAAUGCCGGCUCCUCGCAUGAGAGCCCAGCCGCCACUACCUCGGGAGCGCAUCGAUUACUUGGCUGGUUUGGUGGCACUGUGUGCUAUCGUUGUCACUGUCAUGCACUUUGGUCUUACGUUUGUCCCCGCCAUUGUCAUUCCAGGUGCUCCACAGCACGCGAGAUCAGAGUACUGGGCGCAGAAAAUUGUCGCCCCUUUCAUCCUUAAUCAGAUGUGGCUGGGUGUGUUCUUCACGACCUCUGUGCGAUUUCUGACUGCUUCCUACCUAAGAAAAGGCAAACUCGAGGACGUCGCCAAAGCUGCUGUGCGCCGAACACCCCGCCUCAUGAUCCCCGUUACUACUAUCGCUCUGCUGGAAUACUUCCUCAUCGAUGUUGGCGCGACCAAGUACCUCCGCUACAUCCCGUCCUUGACCUGGUCGACUUGGCCGUACGUCACGCGUUACGAGAACUUUGGCCAGUACAUCUCCGAAAUCCUCGAGCUUAUCUACCUGAUCCCAAAUGCGGUGCCGCAGAUUACUUUCAACUACUGCACCGGUGUACUCUGGACCAUUGCAGUCCAACUCCAGGGCUCCUGGCUCGUCUUGCUUGGUGCGAUUGUUGUCCGUGAGAUGAAGACGACCUGGAAGCGUAUUGCAUUUUACAUCUUCUGCAUGCUAAAUCACUGGUAUGCGCGAUCAUGGGGCACAUACUUAUGGCUUGGUCUCCUGCUCACUGACCUCGACGUCACCUACAAGUACAAGAAGUGGUUGUACGCACGUCCAGGAACCUACUACCCGCUGCUCACACUUGCUUGGCUUUGUGUUGCAUUGGGCUUCGCAGUCAACUUGCUGCCGAACUGGAUGGACUUUAACUUUGCAACGGCAGAGCACGACAUCCAUCCAGAUGAGGCGACUGGUGAAGCUCUGUUGCAUACAGACAACGCUGGGUACCCACCGUACUACUCACCUCGUCUGAACGGCCUUCUUUUUGCUGGUGGUAUGCAAGCUAUCGUCGAGCUCUCAACCUGCGUUCAAUGGCUGCUGUCCACACCGCCUCUGCUCGUCCUCUUUCCCCACAUCUUCACCAUCUACCUGCUCCACGGUCUGGUCUUCUGGAGCUGGGGAAGCUGGCUCUUGGUAUUCCUUGCGAAACGUGGCUUUACGUAUGGUGUCAACGUUGCGAUUGUCGGUGUGACGUCCUAUGCGGUCCUCUUUCUCUCUCUACCAAUCAUCACACCUAUCAUCGAAGCGCUUGGCAAGGAUAUCACUGCCUUGGUAUGGAUGACAGCUCAAGAAAAGAGUCCGCCCCGUCAUAGGACACUCUUCCCAUUCCCUGACAACCUUUUUCAAGGUCGUGAAAUCAACGGUGACGCCAAGGUUGAUGUCGAGGCAAACUCGAGUAACCGCAGCAGUACGUCCAUUUUCUUGGGCAAAGGUGAUGAGAAAGGGAAAGUCUAUGAGGUCAGUCCUACGAAGAGUGAUGAGAUACGGCAGGAGAAGUGCAACAAGGAUGCUGCACGCAUCUAG